AUGGUCGACUACGAGCACACCCACCUACGUCGCGAUUUUAAAGAACGCCAUGUGUCCAUGAUUGCCAUUGGCGGUGCCCUGGGUACUGGUCUUGUCAUCGGGACUGGAGUUGCCCUUGUUCGCGGUGGGCCUGGCAGCCUCCUUAUAGCGUACAUGAUUAUCGGGGCCUGCAUCUUCUUUGUCAUGACGGCAGUUGCUGAGAUGUCGACAAUGUUUCCCAUGGAUAAGGGAUUCUCUGGAUAUGCUACUCGAUUCGUCGAUCCCGCACUUGGGUUUGCUACUGGCUGGAAUUACUUCCUCAAAUACGCCAUCGUACUUCCGAACAACCUCACGGCAGCGGGGAUCAUCAUCCAAUAUUGGCGGCCAGAUCUGAACGUUGGCAUCUUUGUCGCCUCCUUCACCGUUGCCAUCGUCCUCGUCAACCUUCUUCACGUCUCCUUCUUUGGAGAGGCCGAGUUCUGGAUGUCUCUCAUCAAAUUGCUCAUCAUGAUCAUGCUCAUCCUAGUCUGUCUCGUCAUCUCACUUGGAGGACAGCCAUCGGGUGAACGUAUUGGCUUCAAGUUCUGGUCUGACCCUGGCGCAUUUGGUACCUAUCUCGUUGAUGGGCCCACUGGAAGGUUGCUUGGUUUCUGGGCGUGUAUGGUCCAGGCUUGCUUCGCUUACACAGGGGCAGGUACUGAAGUCGUCGGAAUCGCCUUUGGAGAGGCCCCCAACCCUCGAAAGACGAUCCGAAAGGCAGUCAGGCAAACUAUGUGGCGUAUCAUCUUCUUCUAUAUCCUGGGAGCCCUUGCCUUGGGUAUGGCUGUCCCUUAUACCAAUGACAGGUUAAUCGGUGGCACGAAGCAGAGGACCGGCGCGGGGGCUAGUCCCUUUGUGAUUGCCAGCCAGCUUGCCGAAAUUCCUAUUCUUCCACAUGUUGCCAAUGGGGGCCUUCUCAUGUUCGUGAUCAGCGCCGCCAACGCUGACAUCUAUAUCGGAUCAAGGACUCUGUUUGGUCUUGCGCACGAUAACCAGGCCCCUGCCAUCUUCAAAAGAACUACUGGAAAGGGUGUGCCUCUCGCAGGUGUUAUUCUUGUGGCUAUCUUUACCAGUCUGGCGUACAUGAACGUCUCGCAGAACUCGGCAACCGUUUUUAGCUACUUGGUGAGUCUGGUUACCGUGUUUGGCACGCUCAACUGGGUCAGCAUUCUGGUGAGCUACGUCUUUUUUUCGCAAGGCAUGAAGUCACAGGGCAUUCCAAGAAGUAUGAUGCCUUACCGUGGGUUUCUGCAACCCUACGGCUCCUAUGUUAGUCUUGUGGUUGUUAUCUUCGUCAUGUUCUUCAACGGAUACGCUGCUUUCAUACCUACGUUCGAUGUGUCUAAAUUUAUGACUUCAUACAUUGGCAUCAUUCUCUACAUCCUCAACAUUUUUUGGUGGAAGCUGUGGCACGGUACAAGCAGGGUCGGACUCAAGGAGAUGGAUCUUUCCACAGGCAGGCUUGACAUUCCGCUGGACAGUUCGGCUUGUCACAAAGUCGGACAAGUAAGAUGA